AUGGGCAAGAAACGUUGCCACUACAUCCACGACCGGCUCUACAACUUCAACAACACCGAUAAGCCUGAUGAGUGCAUGGACCCCUCCCUCGUCGCCGAGCUCAGAAAGACAUGCACACCGAACACUACUGGCUCCAGAAUCUCUAACGAGACCGUCUAUCUCAACCCGACCUCAGGUAGCAGCAACCACUCAUUCCAGAGCUCCUACUUCGACCACGUCCUCAAGAACCGCGGUGUCCUCCGCAUCGACCAGCAGAUGAUCACCAUAAUGGACGGGAUUAGGAUUGCCAACGAGUUUGCGAACGGGUUUGAGGAUUUCAAGAGGUACUUCGCCCUAGGGAUGGCGAGGCUGGGGAGUUUGGGGGUGCUUACGGGGAAGUAG